AGUGGAGUACUCGCUACACAAAAAGAAUCCAAGAGAACCGUCCAAUCUCGAAAAAGAAAUGAAACGCAUCUGCUUCCUCAUACCUUCCCAUGACCUCCCAGUCCAUUUCCGAAGAAACCGAAGAGGAUCAGUUUUUCUUAACCAAACACGUUACUACUACUGGAGUAUAUGAAUCCAGACCACCCCCUUUGUCUCAUUCCUUACUUCACUUUCUCUCUCCUCCAUUCUCUCUCCUUCACAGUAUUUCCUUUUUCAUAUGCGCCUUCAAUAAAAGCGUUACUAGCUAGCUACCUGUUAACAAGAACCGCGAACCGCCGGCGAUGUCUCGGGUGUGUUCGCUGUGCGGAAACAACGGCCACAACUCGCGCACGUGCUCGGAGGGCGCCGGAGCCUCCGGCAGCGGCGGCAUCAUGUUGUUCGGCGUCCGAGUCGCGGAGGGAAUCGGAUCGUUCAGGAAAAGCGCUAGCAUGACCAACCUCGCGCAGUACGACGAUCAACCUCUCCUCGACUCCAACUCCGACCUCGCCGCGGGUUACGCCUCCGACGACGUCGUCCACGCCUCCGCUCCCAAUCGUGAGCGCAAAAGAGGAGUGCCGUGGACGGAGGAAGAGCACAAGCUAUUCUUGAUAGGGUUGGAGAAGGUGGGGAAAGGGGAUUGGAGGGGGAUUUCGAGGAAUUUCGUGAAGACACGUACGCCUACUCAGGUGGCGAGCCAUGCUCAGAAGUAUUUCCUCCGACGUAGCAACCACAACAGGAGGCGCCGCCGUUCUAGUCUCUUUGAUAUCACCACCGACGCGUGUAUGGAUUCAGUAAUGGAAGAUCAAAUUCAGCAAGAAAUCAUCUCACAGCCACUGGCUCACAGCAAUCUCAAGGGAUUCCCAGCUUUUCAGGCACCGCGAAGCCCGGUGUUGUUACCUGUCCUCCCUCCAUCUUCAAAAAUGGCUGGUCUCAAUUUGAACAACCCACCACCAAACGUGGACCCCUUGCCUCCUUUAUCUCUGAAGCUCUCUGCAUCAGAAUCCCUGCUGCCGCCACCGCCGCCGUCGGAUCAGAAGCCGCCGCCGGCGAGACACUCUUCGGGUUUUCAGGGAAUGUCCGGUAGCUUCAACAACACUAGUAAUAGUAGUGGGGAUAGCAUCAUCAGUGUUGCUUGAAGAAUAUAGUACUCUCCAUAUUUAAGUUCCUAUGCUGCGUGCAAAGUAUGUAAUUGUAGAUAUAAAAGUUUAAAGUGGGGAUUAGUAUUAUUAUUUAGGUUGGAUUAGGGAUUAAGAUUAGGUUAUUAAAACAGGUGAUUCCUUGUUUGUACAGUGGAGAAAGAUUUGUGGGAUUUGAUGUGGUUUGUCGUUUUCAGUUAGUGGGGGGAUUCUGGUUCAUGUAGUAUUACUCUAUUAUGGUUGGUUGGUCAAUUGUGUUCCAGAAAUUUUUGGAUGA